GUGUUCCGUAAAUUUUAUUCAGAUCCCCGUCAAAUUAUUUAUGAUGGCAGAGAAGGCACUUGAGAAGUGCAGUGAAAGUCCAAAGAUUUUAGUGAAAGCUUCUGAAGAGGGGACAGUCCAGACUCCAGAAGAGUUUAGGAAAUUGUGCAGCCAUUACUCUAGGGGAUGCUCACUCGUGUCCCCGUGCUGCAAUAAAGUCUAUCCUUGUCGUGUCUGCCAUAACGAGAAGGAGUUGCACGAGAUAGAUCGGUUUGCAAUCACAGAGAUAGUCUGUCGGAAAUGCGAAGAGAGACAAAAAAUAGCCAAAACAUGCAUAAAAUGUUCUUUAACCUUUUCAAGAUACACUUGUUUUGUCUGUAAUCUUUUUGAUGACGCAGAGAAGGGUCAGUAUCAUUGCUCAAAGUGUGGAAUAUGCAGGAUUGGAGGUCGGGAUAACUUCUUUCACUGUGACACAUGUGGCCUGUGUCUGCAGAAGUCCCUGAAGGAAGCUCACAAGUGUGUCCAGCAAGCAUCCCAUUCUAACUGUCCUGUCUGUAUGGAGGAUCUCCAUUCCUCAAGAACUGCUGCACAUGUUCCAAGAUGUGGGCACCUUUUACACAAUACUUGUUUUCAGGAAAUGCUAAAGAACAACCUAUACCAGUGCCCACAGUGCCAGACCAGUAUGCUUGAUAUGAGCAGUCAGUGGGAGAGGAUGGAUGAAGAGAGGCAGCAAUGGGUGCUACCUCCGGAACUGCAAAGCUUCAGCGUCAAGAUUCAAUGUAGGGAUUGUCGAAAUGAAGGUGAUGCCCUGUUCCACUUCAUUGGACUCAAGUGUAUAGACUGUGGUUCUUAUAACACUGUACGCUGUGGAAACGAGAUCCUCCCACUUAAUGACGUUGAUGAAGUUGAUCGCAAUGUCCCUGAUCAAAUUCAAGCGGAAGAGGAAGAAGAUGAAUAUUACGAUGAAGAUGAUGAAGAUGGUUCCGUGCUCAUACAUAUUGAGGAGGAGGCUCUAGAGACGGAUCAUAUCCUACAGAUAUUGGAUCGCAUUUUUCCUAAUGAUCCUGCUGAUGAUUUUUUUGAAGAUCUCUUAGAUCCAGAUAGCAACGAAGAAGGGGAGGAUGAGGAGGAAGAUGAUGUUGAAUUUCUUACUGAUGAAGUGGUUGGUGGGGCUAAUCUAAUCCUUGAUCCUCUUUCUGGUCUUAUCGAUAUUCUUCCUCAUCACUUGAAUCUUAACAAUGACCCAGAUCAUGAUGAUGAUGAUGAUGACGAAGAUGAAGAAAACGCUCAAUUCGUUCCACCUUGGAUGAAUCCGUCUUCCGUCAUUUCGACAAUUUUUGGUACCGGUGAAUCAAACGCUCAUCAUUUCCUGCCAUACCUGCCGCCCACUGCUACGGCCAAUGAUCACUUACAGGCUCCACAGAUAUGGGAAGUGUCUUCAGACGAAGGUGAAGCUGCUGGUGAGAGCGAGUCAAAUGACGUCGUACAAGGAGAAGGAGAAGGAGGGGAGGAGGAAGCGGGUGAAUGGGAGGAGGAAGCGGGUGAAUGGGAGGAUGAAGAGGGUCAAUGGGAGACAUCAAGUGAGGAGGAGACCGUCGGAGGGGAUGAGGAGAACCUUGGGAAGGAGUGUCUCCUACCGGAAGAGGAGGCUACCAAUCAAUUGGAAGACGUAGCCCCUGCUCAUUAAUUAGAAUAAAUAGUAAAUCAACCUUUAAGGAAUGUUAGAAUAUUAAGUAUUUCCAUUACAAUAAAGACAAUGUACAGUACAUAUGCUAGUUGCAAUAGCCAUAUUUCUUGACAUAUACAUAGCACACUUUGUUGUCAAUUUUAAUUCCCAAAGAUAAUUUAUUGUUAUAAUGAAA